CGCCACUCCAAAAAUUGCCACAUUUUAUCUUCUUUCCACUACAUUUUCUCUCACCAACUUAAGUUCCUGUCCUAAUAAUACCAUUUCGUCUUUUUUUUUUUUUUUCUUUAGAUCUGUCUGUUAAUUCAUGGCUUCACUUGAUUACUAGUUGUGUUCUGUCUGUGUGCCUAUUUUGGUAAGAAAAAAAAAGGGCUGUAAUCAAUUGGAUUGAUUUGAAGAUAUGGCAACUUUGAACCCUUUUGAUCUGUUGGGUGACGAUGCCGAGGAUCCGAGCCAGCUCGCCGUCUCCAUCGCUGCUGAUAAUAAGCCCAAGAAACCUGCACCUGGUUCCUCCGUGUCUACUAAGUCAUCUGCUCCGUCGAAGCAGCUUCCUCCUCCCCAAGCUGUGAGAGAGGUUAGGAGUGAUGCUCCACGUGGCCGUGGAUUUAGCCGUGGUCGUGGUGGUUACAACCGUGAUUUUAGAGGCGGUGAUGGUAACGAUGGAUACUCAGGGGCAUACAGUAAGCCCUCUGAGGAAGGAGGCGUUUCAAAGCCUUUCUAUGAGAAACGUAGUGUAUAUGGCGGUGCUCCUCGUGGUGGUGGUCGACGUGGUGAAGCUGGUGAAGGUGAAGGUCCUCGAAGGACUUUCGAGCGUCGUAGUGGAACUGGCAGAGGGGGUGACUUCAAAAGGGAAGGAGCUGGUCGUGGAAAUUGGGGAACACCAGGAGAAGAAGUUCUUGUUGUGGAGACUGAAGAAGGCACUGGUGCUGAGACUGAGAAGCCUGCUGGUGAUGAGGUUGCUGCUGAUGCUAAGGAGAACCCUGCUGAAGUGGAGCAGCAGAAAGAGCCUGAGGAUAAGGAAAUGACUUUGGACGAGUAUGAGAAAAUACUUGAGGAAAAGAGAAAGGCUCUUCACUCUCAGACCACCUCUGAGAGGAAAGUUGAUACUAAAGUGUUUGAAUCAAUGCAGCAACUCUCAAACAAGAAGAAGUCUAACGAUGAAAUCUUCAUCAAGCUGGGUUCUGAUAAGGACAAACGAAAAGAUGACAAGGAAGAGAAGGCUAAGAAGGCUGUGAAUAUUAAUGAGUUUCUGAAACCAGCUGAGGGUGAGAACUACUACCGAGGAGGUCGUGGUGGUCGUGGAAGGGGACGUGGUGGUCGUGACCGUGGAGGUGUUUCUGGUGGGGGAUUUGAUGGUUACCGUAGUGAAGCUGCGCUUGCUAUUGGAGAUACUGCUCAGUUCCCAUCUCUUGGGGGCAAGUGUAAAUUGUUAGCUGUCGCCAGUUCUUAG